AUGAGCCGCAGUGAUGUCCACACACUGAACAGUAGUGUCAAGUUCUCCAGAGGAGGAGGCAACUGGGCCCAAUGUAACCAAGGAGUCGAUGACCUUUUCUUCAUCUUUCAACUGCCAGGAGGCUGUGGCUGGGUUACUGUCCGAGGGAAGCAUAGUCGAAAAUCGAAGCACACGGUUCCCCACCAACCACUUCAUGUUUCAAACAAAUUUUCCCCACUCAGCAACACACCCACUGAGAAUAAAACUCUGAUUAUUGGAGACUCCAUAGUCAGAAACGUGAAGCUAGCGAAGUCAGCGGGCAUAGUUAGGUGUAUACCCGGGGCCAGAGCGGGCGACAUCGCAUCUAAUUUAAAGUUGCUGACAAAGACUAAAGGUAGAUUUGACACAAUCGUAAUUCAUGUCGAAACUAAUGACUCCCGACUACACCAGUCGGAAGUCACAAAGGUUAAUGUGGACUCGGUGUGUACUUUUGCUAAGACGAUGUCGGACUCCGUAGUGUUCUCUGGACCCCUCCCAAAUCAGACCGGUGAUGACAUGUAUAGCCACAUGUCAUCACUCAACCGCUGGCUGUCUAGGUGGUGUCCAGCAAACAAUGUGGGCUUCAUAGAUAACUGGCAGUCUUUUUGGGGAAAACCUGGUCUGCUAGCUAGAGACGGCAUCCAUCCCACUUUGAACGGUGCAGCUCUA